GAAUAUACUCGGAUUACAAUGCGAGAAAAAACGCGAUGACUCUCAACCUGCGAUAAAAAUCUAAAACAGCUGAUUGGCGUAAAAAAUUGCGCAUUGUUGCCUAAUCCAAUCGCGCGACGAUAUUUAUCCGUAUUCUACACGUCACUUUGGGGUUCUUCACCUUUCUUUGUCCGUAAAUUAAAGAAAAAUCGCCGGAUAUUGCUGUACAAAAUUACGUAUAAAACAACAAAUCAGCAGGAGUAAAGAGAAGAACCAAGUGAACGCGCGCAUUAGUCAUCCCGAUGUUGCUGCGGAAACCCGAAAAAAGCGCCUUCAAAAGCACACGCGAUAAUACGGCGUGUCGUACUUAGUGGCAGCAUUUGUCAUCGCAUCGCGUGAAUCGCCAAUGAGAAAGACCGCGCUUAUCUCGCCUCGUCAGCCGACAAUAAAUAAAACUUGUAGAAGAGGCUAUUUUUUUAAUCAAAGAGACCGUACCAACCUGUCUCAGGUGCUGUCGGAAUUUGCAAGCGUCCCUCGGCGUCUUCAUACCUCCGAGCAGAUCCUUGGCCAGUUCACCGAGCGCGAAUCGCAUAACCAAAAAGGCUGUGUACAACCGUGGCCGUCGCGGCACUAAUCAUCAUCCGCACACUUUUGAACCUUACUCCCGGAUGGGUGUAAAGAAGUAGGAGAGGAAAACCGCGGCGUAUCUCGCAGUUGGGAGUCAUUGUGUGCUACUGCGACGACAACGCACAUCUCUGCAGCUAGACGCGUAUACGUGUAUGUAAUUGUACACGCGCUACUCUUGUGCGUAUAUAAGCCUACAAUCGUAGGAGAGCAUGACGCCUUGUUGUAUCGUCCUCUACAUCUCUAAUGACGUGCUCCCAUUCGGCGAGCCGGCUUAGAAUAUGUGUGUAUACACAUUCUUGUACUCCUCGCUUUCGUUAUGAUCUGGUGAGGAUGUCAUUGUGGCCACUGGGAAAAUGACGUUUUUUGCGAGAUUCAUGAGGAGCUCGUUGACUUCUGCCCGCAGAGCCAUUUGUAGCAGCAGCUAUUCCCAGCAAAAUAGACUGAGAUGUGCGUUUGACAAGGUGGCCAAGAGGAGCGAGAAGAGGUGUCCGGCGACAGCCAGUUAUUCGUAUGGAGAUUAUGGAUUCUGCAACAAUCCCAGUCGGUGUAAGGCUUCCAUGCUGCUUGGGGCGAGCUUUGCUUUUUUGGGAUUCUUCGAGAAUAAGGAGGAGGAAAAAGAGCCUGCUCUCAUAACUACCAUCAAGCGGUCCAUACUUCUGAUUCAGAAAGGGGAAUUCAAGAAAGCAGAGCAAAUGCUUCAUAUAGCACUGCGCCAAGCACAGAGUUUGCAAAAUGAAGAUGGCAUAACUUAUGUGUAUGAUGUGAUGGCAAAUUUGGCUUUUGAAGUUGGCGAGUUUGAAAAGGCCGAGAAAUUAUUCAGGUCAGUAAUGCAGAGGAUACUUGCAGCUGGAACACCGCAAGAUGAUUUAAAAAUUGUUCACAUGAGUUUGAAGAUGGCAAAAAUAUUGGAAUCUAAAGGAGACUUAUUGAAUGCUGAAAAUGGUUAUCAAUUCUGCAUGAAAAUCUUGCAAGAUCACAUCGAUAAAGGAACUGAAGACAUUGAUAUUAUCACACUUUGGUCUAUGAACUUGGAUUGGUAUGCCCACUUGUUGUUGAACAUGGCCAGAUAUUCAGAAGCUAUGAACUUUAUGCAAAAAGCUUAUGAUCUAUGUGUCAAGUUAAAUGGAGAAUUGCAUGAGCAAUGUGUGGUGCUGCUCAAUGAUUUAGGGUCUAUAAGCUUCAUGAAAGGGAACUUGGAUGAGGCUAUAGAAUAUUUAAAUAAAGCUGCUGAAAUUGGAAAACAACUACCAGAUAUGGAAGAUAUAGCAUCUAUUCAUGUGAAUCUUGGAAACGUUUAUCUUAAAAAAGGCUUAUUAGAUGAAGCGAAAAAAUGUUGCGCAAAAGGCUGGAAGUUAUCAAAAGAUAAAAACAAUUACGAGUCACUAGAUGAAGCGAAAGCGUGCCUUGAUGAAGUAAACAAAUUAUUGACUAAGUAAUAAAUGAUGGGUUAUUUUGUUAUAUUGUUAUCUUAUUUUUCGAAAAACACGUACAAAAAUAGAAUUAUUCUAGUCGAAGUAACGCCAUUAAAAUGUAUUUUAGAGCAGCAAAUAGAAGCAUGCAGCCUGUAUUUUUUAAAAAUCAAAGCUAAAAGUUUCAGUAUUAGUCAGAUCUUGUUACUGGGGAUUGGAUAAAAUGUUUUUAAGUACAAUCCACUAUACAUUGUAUAUAUGUACAUUGAGUUUCGCCUAUGCAUAUUUUUUAAAGCUUUUUAUCGGUUUAACAGUUGAAAUCUAAAAUAUGUAUUUCUGGUAUUUGUAAAUAAAAAGUGUUCCAUGAACAAUCUAAUCUUAA